AUGCCCCAAGACACCCUCCGCGUAAUUGGUUUCCUCAAGAAACACCCCGACAUCACCCACGAGGAAUUUUACGAGCACUGGGAAAAGAAACAUGCGCCCCUCGUUGUACCAUGGAUCUUAAAGCAUGGCUUCAUUUCUUACAUGCAGAUUCACACAACUCCAACAUCACUCCUCUCCCUGCCUGGCGCCGUCGAUGCCGACGGCUGCGGGCAGAUGGAGGUAAAGGACUGGGAUAUGUUCAUGGCCGCGAUGCAGGACCCGUACUAUACGGAGGUGAUUGUGCCGGAUGAAGAGAAGUUCAUUGAUCGGAAGACUACGGAGGUGCUGGGUUUGAAGACGGUCGGGGUGCAAAAGAACUUCAUUGUUAAUGGAAAAGCGGUUGAUGCGGCAGAGUAG